AUAUUAUUCUUGUGCAGUACGGAUCUACCCCGCCUACAAAAAGAAUGGAUCAAGACCCCUCAAGAAGAAGGGAGCUAACAAAGCAAAAAAAAUGGAUCCAGACGAUGUCUGUUUUUUCUUCAGAUGAAGAGGAUUUGAAUGGAAUAGUGGAUAUUCAACCAGCUAGUGAAUGUAAAUUGGAUACUGGACCAACUCUUGCUCUUAGGUUUCCAUACCCUAUGUUUGAUGAUGAUACUGAUGAAGAAGACACAUAUAUUUACUCACACACUGUACUUCCAUCUAGAGCUUUGGAUUGGAAAAGAAAACAUGACACCUCUUCAGAUAAAGAUGAUGAAAUUGGUCAAGAGAAUCAUUGCCACAAGCAUAAAAAAAGAAAAGAACAAUUGUUAGAUAGUACUAGUAACAAAAUAAGUAGUAAACGGAUUGCGUCACAGGAAGAAGAAAAAAUGCAGGGUCUUGUAAAAGAUUCUUAUAACAAGCACACUAAUUUCACAGCAAAAAAUACUUCAAGAAAAGAAAAGUCGAACUCUUCAAAACAAGAUAGAAAAGUACUAAAUUCAAUUACAACAGAAAAUGAAGGUACACAAAAUAACAAAUCAGGUAAGACAUAUCAUCAGAAAAGUUCAACCCAAAAAGAUCCAAAGAAUUCUAUAGAAUUUCAAGAAUCUACACCUAAAAAGAAAGUACUUGUUAAAAACCUGAAGUCAGAUAAAAGACAUUCUACAGGUAAAAGUAACAAAAACAUGAUGAAACGAUCUGAUUCUACUACUACUUGUCAGUCCAGCUCGAUUAACAUGCAUUAUGAAGACAAUAUCACAAAUAAGAAAGACAAGCCAUUAAAUAAACCACCCAGCAGGUUCCUUGAUUCAAGUUCAUCGGGAAAUUCUGAUAAUGAAAAUGAUCCUAAAUCAUCUAAAUCAAAACCAUAUAAACUGCCACAAUAUAAACGCUUAUGUGUUUUAUCGACAAGUCCAAAUAAUAGUGAUGCUGAUGAUCCUAAAUAUAACUUAGAAAAAUCAAACCAUAGUCAUGAUCUAAUAUACAAAACUACUGCAAAACAUAAAUCAAAUUCGAAACAAAUGAGGACCAAAAAGCAAAAAGGACGUACAAACGCUAUUUUAUCUUCUGAAAGCGAAGAAGAAAAACAAUCUCCUCAUUCAGUUCAGACUUUGGAGAGUGAAAAUGAACAUAAAAAUAAUUUUCAAGAUUAUGAGAAGUCUGUUAAAAAUAACCAAAAUUUAACAAAGACCUGUAACAAAAGUGGUCGACAUCCAUUUGAGAAUCUGAUCAAAGCUAAUGAAAAUACAAAAUUGGAUGACUCAAAACGAGUAUUAUCAUGUAAACAGAAAGAGCCUAAAAAAACAAUUUUACUUCCUCAGCCUCCCAAUUUGAAUCUAAACACCAAUGCUUGGAAAAGCAUAGCUAAUAUGCCAUUAAAAACAUCACAAACCAAAUCAUCAACCAAUCAUCAAAAUAAAAUACAAAAUCUUAGAAAAAUGUUUGCUACUUCCAAUAAAUCAUCUGUUCAGAUUUAUAAAAAAAUUCAAAAUAAUGUGAAUAAAGGAGAAAAGUUGGAAUCAAAUCCGAAGGUAAAAUCAAAACCGUUAACAAUAAAGCAAGAUGAUAUGUCCAGAGUUAAUUCAAAUACUGUUCAGUUGACAAGUGCAGUUCAAAAAAAUGAAAAUGUAGCUCACUGCUCAAGCCUAGAAACAUUUAAAAUAGAAAUAAAUAAUUCCAGUGUAAACCCUAGACAAAUCAGUAAAGAUAAGCUAAAUAUUAUUGAAGAACGUAACCAGAGCCUUAUAAAUUGUGUAGAUAACACUGGAGAAAACAGCACACAGGCAUCACUUACGUCUACUUUGUAUUCUAAUACUAAUUCAAUAGAGAAUAUAGAUACUAGCAGAAAUGUAAGCUAUCCUCAUAGUGACUAUAACAAAUCUGGAAACAACAAAGGAACCAAAGUUCCAACAGAUUCAAGAAUACAUCGUAGUUACUCAAAUCCUUCUACAGACAACAAUGAAAGAGAGACUACAAAUACGGCAGUGGUAGAGAAUCACACACAAAGCAGUGUUGACGUAAACUCUACAUGUACUGAAUAUAUUUCUGAAGGUGAACAAUUGUUGUAUAAGAAAAAGGUAAGGCACUCUCAUGUUGAUAAGACAAAUAACAACCAAGGCAGCCUAAAAAAUGAUAAUAAUUGUACCAUAAAACGUACAAAACUGCCUUUAUUAAAGAAAUCUGAUGAAAAAAAUGUUGCUGAACCUAAUAGUAAGGGGUUGAAAGAUAUUACAACAGAGGGAACCAAGUGUGAUUUAUUGAGCAAUAUUCUAUCUCAAAUGGACAGUAAUCCUUACAAGAUUCAGAAGCCCAUCAAGAAGACAGCAGAAGCAACUGCAAGUAUGCUUGGUUGGUUUCCCUCACCACAAAGUUCUUCAGUAUUGGCUGGGCAACCACUAAAUGUAAAUAACCUUUCUUACACCAGAGAAGUCCCCCAAGUUAAAUUACAAGAAGAAAAUAAAAAGGCCCCAUUACCACACCAUGUUCAUACUACCACAUUUCGUCCUUGUAAUCCUAGCUAUAAUCCAUUGUCUUGUUCCCAGAGAGACAUAAAUAGUGUUGUUACACAGAAUGGAGAAUUGGGAAAUAUACCUUUACAACAGGCUAAAUCUUCUCAAAAGGAAACUCACAGUAUUGAAAGUUCGUUAAAUGUUAAUGGAAAGAAUGACAAAAUUAUACCAGUUAGAGAAAAAAAUUCUGCCAAACAACCAGAGAAAAUCAUAUCGUUUUAUUCAGCUGAUCAUGAAGAAUACACAACCAGUAGUAUAGACACAAGUAAACAUGCUCAAGAAUAUAACAGCAACAAUGUCUUGCAAGUAAAGAGUUCUUCAGAGAACAAUAAAUUUUACAUAGAAACCCUAAAUGAAACACGUGCACAAACCCAAACUAAGCUGCAAAACGAGAUAGCUGAAGAUACUCAAUGUAAGCAUGCAUCUGUAUAUAGAAUUGGAGUUGCAAAAGAACCUACAAAAAAAAGUCCACUAGCCAAUAUUACUGGUAAAAAAGAUAAUGGAGAAGUGAGAUGUGAAACCCACAAAGAAAAACCCAAAGGUAUUAGAAUAAGAUUUGGAGGUACUAUAUAUAGAUACGCAGGAAAUAUUCAGCCUCCUGUUGAUAUGUCCAACACAUCUGUUACAGAAGUCAAAACUUCAGAAGAAAGUCACGAUACACCAAGUAUUAAUACAAAUGUUAGUCAUAUAGAACACGUUACUACAUUUACUCCUGUUGAAUGUAACAAAAAUAGUGAUUCUGUUGAAAAUAACAAUUUAAACUUUUCUACAACUGCUGAGGCUGUUUGCAAAACAUCAAGUUCAUCAGAAGAUAUCUCAAGUAGCGAUGAAAGUGAUGAAACAUCUCGGUCUGGAUCAUCAGAAGAAUCAAGUUCAGAAAGUACAAAUUCUAGUUUUAAAUCUAGUCCACCAAAAGAUAUAUAUAACUGUUCUCAGGUAACAAAUUCGAGUGAGUCAUUGAGCAAAACUUUGACUGAACAUAAUGCAGAGAAAGAAAAAGAUAUAAAUGUAAAAACUGUAGCAUCUCCUCAUCACCUGGAUUCUAGAGAUGGAGAUAUUUCAAAGACAAGUUCAAAGGAUUCAAUUAAAGAGAAUUGGGAUAUAAAUAAUGUUGCUACUGGCACUAAUGAUAACACAGAUGUUAUUAUUUUAACAGGCUCAAGUGAUUCUGAAAAUAUUGAAGCUGUCAUUAACAACACAAGUAGUAUUCAUUAUUGUAAGAAAGGACUUCCUAUUUCAGACUCACGAUCAAAAUGUGAAUCUCUGUGUACCAAUAAUUCAGGAAAUGGUAUUCUGAAGGAAAUAAGGACAAGGAAUUUUGAAGACUCUUCUGAGAUUAUCAAACCACCUAAAACAUUGACAGAACCAUUAACUGAGCAUAAUUUAGUCCAUCAGGAAAGUGUUACAGAUAGGAAGACUAAAACAAAAUCUUUCCCGAGCCUUAAAUGUGGAAAUGAAGAUGUUAAAAAUUUAAGUUCUACAAAUUCAAAUGAGAAAGAUUUAAUUAAAAAUGAUGUUGAUAAUGAUGUCAUUGUUUUAUCAGAAUCAAGUGACUCUGAAAAUGUAGAGGACUUAAAUGAUGAGACAUGUAUUCCUCUGAGUAAAUCAGAAGUGCCUGUAAUAGAUGCAAAGUCAAAAAGUGAUUCUAUGGAUGUUACUAAUUUAGGACAUUGUAAUGUUGGGAGAAUAAGAAUAAGGAGUUUAGAAGAGUUAGGUGUCACUGUAAAUAGCUCAUUGCCAGAAAAUGCAUUAUCUUUUGAACUAGCAACUGACAUGCCAAGUGGUCAGCAAUAUUCAGAUCCUCGAACUUCAUCUUCAAUAUCGUCUUUGAAGGUUAAUAAUCAAUGGAACAAGAGUAACACAACAAGCAGUAAGUUAGUAAAACCAAAACGCAAGUACGUGAGAAAAGUAUCUCAGUCAGCCAUUGCUGUGUCUAAAGCUCAACAAAGUUCAGAUCCUCAAACUUCAUCGUCAGUAUCAUCUUUAAAUGUAACUGAGAGUAAUAAUAAUAACCAAUUAAAUAAUAUGAUUACAAAAAGUACAUCUGUAAAGCCAAAACGCAAGUAUGUUAAGAAAAAAUCUCAUUCACCUAUAGGUGUUACAACAAAUGUGCAGCAAUGUUCAGAUUCUUCAGUUUUACCUUCAAGUAUUUCUGAAAGAAAUCUGACUACAACAAAUGCUAAGCCUGUAAAACUUAAAAAAAAGAAGGUGAAGGAAAAUAGAGCAAAGCUUUCUAAAUUGAAAUAUAUACCUAGCCCCUCAAUAAUAGCUAUUCAAUCAAGACCUAUUGAAAUUUCUAAUCCCACAACACCUAUUAUAGCAGUAGUAAAACCAGUCAACAUAAAUACAAUAGCUAUGUCACAAUUUAUUAAUUUGCAAAAUAAUCAAAUUAUGCCCAUUAGUAUAAUGGAUAAAAGUGUAAAAUCAAAUCCAAAUGUAAUACAUACUGAAUCACAAUUAACUUUAAUAGAUAAAAGACCAACUGAAAUGGUUCAAGCAACCUCAUCUGAUAUAUUAUGUAAUAACCUAGAAGAAAAUAGCCAAAAUAUCCAGAAAUCUUCUGAGCAACCUAACAAUCCAGAAGCAGUUAAAACUGUUUUUUUUAAGUUAUGUGAUGAGCUAUUUACCGAUGUUGUUCUCCUCAAAAUACCUAAAUUGGUAGAUGAUCUGCACCUUUUAAUAGCAUCUGAAAUUAUGAAAGAGGAGCGUCUAAAGAAAAUUGAUCAGUUAACAUCUCCUGAAACGAUAAUUGAAGAAAAACGUAGGGCUGAAAAAGAUUUUGCUGUCGUUCUGAAAAUUCGAGGCCAGAGUUUUGUACCUUUAUUUGCUACAAUUGUGAGCAGAAUUAGAAAAGAUGAUAUGACUUCACUACUUACUGCUGUUUACUGCAGAAUAGUACAGCAUUUGGAACGUAUUGACUCUGUUAAUGCCAACUAUAGGUACAAGUUAAGAAAUAUGAUCAGACAAAUGGUAUUAAAACAAAGUACUGAGAUGAAUGGAGAAAGUUGUGAUGUUUUCUCUAUGGAUGAUAUAAGUUUUAUCACAACUUUUGAGUUUAUUAACAAUUUAUUAAAACAGUACGAUGAACACAAAAACAUUUUAAUUCAUAAUUCUACAGUGGCCAAUCUAGAGAACAUACAGAGUGAACAUUCUAGGAACUUGGAACACAGUGAUUCAGAGAGGGGUGGAAACCAAAUUAAUGGCCAACCAAAUAUUGGGACUUUUCAAACACCAACACAAAUGCAGAAGCCAAAAAAUGGAUCUGACCCUCCUAUUGGCAACUUGGACCAGUUAUUUCUCAAACAUUUCAUGAAGAAUAAAACAGGUGAUAAAUAAAACUACAUGUUUGUACGAAACAGAAUGAAUCCACUCUUUUGAAUCUAAAGUAGUUUGCUAAAUUGUUGAUAAGUGUAAUGAAUGCCAUUAUUUAGUAAGAGAGACAUGACAUAAAGGUUCAGUGUGAUAUCCAGCAUCAAAUCGAAGGAUCUUGAUUAAGGAUUCACUAGAUGCUGUCUGAAGACAAAAUAAAAACAAUGGACCAAUUAUGAAUAUAAAAUAAUGUAAUAUCUUACAACUUUGCCGAAGAACAACUCUCGUCUGUAUGUGCAAAAUAAGUGUGAGCCGUCAAUGGUAAUAUACACAUUCAUAUAUGUACUGUAUAGGCCAUAGUGUAAAUAAUAUUGUAUAUUACUUUAAAUAUAUUCCACAAUGGAAUUUUGUAUGUACUUCAUGUUUUGUAUUUUUUUAUUCUUUGUACUUUCCAAAGAAUGCUAACUCGAGAUUAGUUUGUAAAUAAAAUUAUAGUUAUUAUAGAGCUAUGUGAUAAAAAUGUUUUUGUUUGUGAGAUGAUAGUAUAUUUAAAUAAUAAAUUGCAUAUUAUCUGAUGACCAGUGUAAAAAAUACAAAUUAUAUUUUAAAUUCAGUUUUAGUUAUGCAAAUAACUGCUAUUUUUAUAAAUAAAUGCAAAAAUGUAAAAAUAUGAUUAUUGUUAAAUAUUUGUUAGAUAUUACAUAGUAAACCUUUCUCAGAUGGGCAAAAAUCUUUUAAUUUGAAAAAAAUGUUACUUUUCUUGUAAAAAUAUCAAACUACCUAAUCUAUUUUUUUAUGAAUUACUAAUUGUACCGAUUUACUUCAUUUUUUACAUAACAUAUCUACGAUUAAGUAUUUUUAAGGUGAUGUAUAUUUCUUUGUGAUAUUUUAUGUUUAUGCUCUACUAAAAAAUAAUAUAAAUAAACAAAGCAUUGUUAUUUUUUAUUAAAUAAAUUUAAAGAAUAUCCUGGAGCUCGUAUUGCUUUGUAAAAAGUGUUCUUUGGGUCAGGACAAACAUAUUUUAUAAUAUAUUAUUGGUUUUUUGGUCUAUUAUUUUGUUUAUGUGUAUGAUUCAGUAUUGUAAUUUGGAUGAAUAUUUCUCUUAUCAGAUUCAUAACUCAUGUAGUUAAUUUUUAACAACUAACUAAAAAUUAAGUAGUACUUUUUACUUACAUUUUACUGGUUUCAAAAUAAUUUUUAUUUCAUAAUGUAGAUAAGAUUUUACAAAAUAAUAUUUUAUAUGCACUAUAUUUGUUCAAUGAGACUAAACAAAAGUUAUUUUAGAUUCAAUAAUAAUUCAAUACCUGUGCAAUCACCCUACACCCCGUCAGCUGCACCCAGGCCAGGUCAAAAUUUUAAAACUUUUUUUGUAUAAAUAACUUUUGGACAUCAUCAUCAAUAAGCUCUAAAAAAACAAUAAAACCAGAACACUUCAUAGAGCAUGAUACUACUUCAGUUCUGACUCUGUUCAGAUUUCCUUACUUCUCCUGUUAAUUUGACAUUUAUAAAAUAUUGUAUAACAGUCAUUAAAACAAUAUUUGUAACAUGUAUAGCCCACAGUAUUAACAUUAUAUAGAAGAAGAAAAUAGUAGCAACUAUGCUAUGAUUGCCUAAGCAACCAUCAGGGUUGUCAUGAGUCCAAACUGAGAAAACAUAAAGGUUUUACAUUUCAUCUAGAACAAGUUAAAAAAAAGUUUCAGAUAUCUGCCGUUAGAUUCCAGCAAGUACUAGAGUGAGAAACAGAGCUCUACAUUUUUAUAUCAUUGACUCUCAGUUUAGUUGAGCAACAUGUGACUUGCUCGGGCAAUCGGCCAAAGUGAACGUGUUUUUGACUAAAACACUGAUUUCUGAAAGGCUGAUUGAUGGCAACUUUUCUUAUAUUAUCAACUUCUUCUUAGAUUUAGGCCUUGAUUGCCUCACUCACUGUUGUCUACUUGAAAAAUUGCCAGUUUUAGGAAUAACAGAAAGUUAUGCAAAUCAGUUAAAGAUUGUAGAGUGGUGGUAUACUACCAAUAAUACUAUACAAAGACCCAAUAAUGGCUAUAUUAUACAUAUAGUGUAUUCCACAGUUGUCAGUCCAGGUUUUUGUAUUACUGAUCUAUCUAAUCACUUACAUGUAUCAUAUAAGACGUCAGUAUGCUUAUAAUAUUACCAUUACAAUUGUAGAAAAAUUGAUGAGUAAUUGACAGUUAAUACAGAAUAAACAUUUAUUAUGGUCAAAGAGUAUUGUGUUCCAUACAAUCUGUCCUAAAGGUAAAGAGCAUUGUCCAAAGGAUUUUCCACUAAAUUAGAGAAUGGAUAUGUCAGAAUAUCUAUCUUAAUUGUAAUUCUACUAUUAAGUGCCAUGAUAUAUUUUAGUAGAUUCCAGACUAACAUAAAAGCUACAUGAUGAUCUGUUACAUAAUUAAGCAAUCAAGCUGCCUACUUUGCCUGCCUUCAAUGUUAUUUAGGGGAUGCCACAAUGUGCUGGAUCUACUACAAAGCUUCCAAAAGGUCACUUUGCAAAAUAAGCUGUUAGAUACCUUUCAGGUCUUAGAUUCUGAGAAAGUUGUCAAGCAGAUUUUGCUGCCCCCUAAUGUGGUAGCAAGUAAUAUUUCAAAAAUAAUUCAUGCAGUUUUUACAAUUAAAUAAUUCACCAAAUAUUCAACAUUACAAUACAAGUUAAGAAUUAAAUGUUGCCUUACUUCCGUACCAACUUAGUAUGUUCAAGUAAUAACCACAUAUGCUGGAGAAAGAUUGUAGCUGGUAGAACUUAAUACAUUUAAACAAGAAUAAUACUCACUAGGUACUUGCUGGAGAGAUCUUUCUAUUCACUGGAAGAAAACUUGAAUGGAGCACUGAAGAGUAAUCUCACUUGAUUUACUAAAAACUGUAAAAAUUGUUAUUUUUCAAGAUAUAAAAACAUGCAGUUAUGACGCUGAUACUGAUCUCUGUGGUUAUGUAAAUACAGAAAUGUUGUUAAAUAUGUAUUAUCUUUCAUUGUUUAAUAAACAAAUUUAUCUGAUAAUUGAACUUAAAUGAAACUGUAUAGGAGCAUUAAUUUCAGUUAUAUGUAGAUCAAUUUUGGAAAAUUAAGCACUGAUAUUUUUUUUAUUCAUAUAUAUUACUUCACUAAUUAUUUUUGGUUUAUUCCGGUUUUCAUGACAUUUUAAACCAAAAUUUUAAAUGGCAUCCUGUUGAAAACCAGUAAAAAUAUUUUGUUUUUAGUACUGAGUUACAAGUAAAUAAGAAAAGUACAUGUACCAAGUUACAAUGCUGUUGUUACAUAAAUCUUUUGAGAUAACAACUUAUGUGAUGAGAAAAUAAAAGUUACUGGAAACCUAUGUUUAUAUUAUGAAAUAUAUUUGAAUAUAACCAAAACAUUAUUUUUCAUGGUUUCAGAGAGUUUUUAAAACUCUCUUUAUAUUAAUAAUUUAUUCAUUUGAAAAAUAAUUACGUGAUUUUGGAAAUCUAGAGAAGUAUUUACUUAAGUGGGAGUAGUUGAUCUAAAUUUAGGUUAUUGUUUUAAUUUACUCUGAGUAGUAUUAUGAUGGUGCUUACAUUGACUAUUUAAAAUUAUGAAGAGAACUAUUGAAUACAUACUAUGCAUUAUUUUGCAAUUGUUUAGCUUUUUUACCACCUGAGGAUGAAACAGUAGUUCCGAAACAUGUAGUGGACAUCUACAACAUUUAGGAACUAUUUGACAAGUUAUAGUACCAUAUUUUAUUUAAUUAUAUAGUUCUGGGGCUAUAGACUAAGGAUUUUAAAUAUUUUGUAUUUUAAUGUAGUAUUUUUUUGAAAUAUUUUUCUAAAUAAGGGACUAAAUUCGGGCUGUGUGUUCAAAAAUUUUGAACAUUUAAAUAAAUGUUUUAACAUUACAGUUUGUUUUUAAAAAUUAAAAUUGCAGUGCAUCAGGAGUGUUUUAAAUAAAUAAGAAUCAUAAUGAAAGAUUAUCAAAGUUAAACCAUUCUCAGUUAUUACAAAUACUGUUGUGUCAGUAUUAAUGACAAGUCUGGGAACUAAACUUCAAUUUCAAGUGACAAACACAUGGAGCACAGUUCAGUUUGUUUUAAUAUUGAAGUUUAAUGUAAUUAUGAGGGUCAUUCAAUAAGUCCUUAGAAAAUCAGAUAUCACGCCGUAGGAUUGAAAAAAUGUUUGUAAGCAGCAUUAUUAACUAGACAGCUGUCAAAAUUUCAACUCAAUCCAUAACGUAGUUUUAUUGCUAUUAACGAUCGAAGUGAACAACUUUUGUUUAUUUAUAAUAAUGGAGUAAAGUGAGUUUUGAGCAGUGUUAAAAUUUGAAAGGUUUAACGUGCUGAAAGAAAUAAAAUCUGAGUUGUAUGCAGUUCAUGGCACAUCUGCUCCUGUGUUUGCAACAGUUUACAAUUGAGUAAAAAAGUUUAAACAUGGCCGUUCAUCUAUAAAUGAUGAACAUAAUUGAAAAUAUCUGGGAAAUGAUUUUGAAUUAUCGACAAAUUAAAGUGUGUGAAAUAGUUAAGGCUACAGUGAUAAAGGUGUAGUCACUUCAAUUUUUGGGGAAAAUUUCCAUGAGAUGGGUGCAGCUUUGGUAACUCAGGACAAUAAGAAAAAUCAUGAGGUCGACUCUGAGCCUGUUUUAGCGAUCCUAUGUCACAAUCCUACAGAGUUUUUUUAUCAAUACAUCACUGUUGAUGAAACAUGGAUUUACUACUACAAUCCAGAGACAAAAGGACAGUCACAACAGUGGAUUUUUGAGAGUGAACGGACACUGAAGAAAGCUAAGACAGUGAAAUCAGCUGGCAAGAUGGCUAGUCUUUUGAGAUGCAAAGGGUAUAAUUUUCAUCAACUACUUGGAAAAAGGCUUGGAAAAUUCCCACAUUUGAAGAAUCAAAAUCAUCUUUCACCAGAACAAUGCUCUUGUGCAUACAUGUAAGGUUUCAUCAGUAAAAAUGGCUGAAUUGAAGUUUGAAACGUUGCAAUAUCCACCAUAUUUGGUCCCCGGUGACUCUGCUGUUUCCGAAUUUGAAAGAAAAUGGCUUGGCGGACGACGCUUAACUUCAAACAAGGAAGUUACUGAAUAACGAAUACUUAUUUUAAAGAACUUCCUAAAUCGUAUUUUUGGAUAAUUUAAAAAAUUUGAAAAAAGAUUGAAAAUAUUUAUAGAGCUGAUGGAGAUUAUGUUGAGAAAUAAACAAAAUUUGCAGAAAAAACUAGUUUUCUAUCUUUUCCUAAGAAUUUAUUGCAUGACCCUCGUAUCUUGUACUGCACAAUGCAAUAAAGUAAGUAAAGUAGGGCUUUCGUGAUUAUAUAUUUAUACAUAAAAUCUGUUUAACUGAGGGAUGGAAUCUCUUUAUAAACUUUUGGUGCAAAAAUUGUAUAUAUAGAUGGGUAAACAGUAUUAGAACAUCACUUUUAGUGUAUUUCAUCUAAAGAAAAACAUGGUAAAAAUAUUAAUAUUUCAAUAGGAUGAAAGAGGAAACUUACAUUCAUAUAGCCUUGUGCUACGGCCCUGCUUUUCGUUCAAAGUGUAUAAAUAAAUAUUUUUUAAUCUUUAUCAAACCUGUGUUAUUCCUAUUACUAAAAUAUUGUGGAAAAUAUUUUUGUUUUCCUUGCAAUUAGUAUAGUUUUCAUAAAGUUGAAGAGCCAACUUUAGUGAAACGGCCAUGAGUUUUACCUCGUAAAAACAGUGUUAAACAAUAAAUAAUAACUUCACACUCUUAUUUUUAGUCAUGGAAGUAUGGGAAUGUCUAAUUUUAAAGACAGCAUGUAUCAAAAUGCUUUUUAAUUUUUUUUUGUAAAGUUUGUACUUUUUGAACAUUUAAAUGAUGAAGUAAAACAAAACUUUUAAGAUAUAUUCCUGAAUAACCAUCUGAAGAAUAACUGAAAAACGUUUUGAUGCGUGUUAACCAUAUCUUGAAAAUGAGACAUCCUCCAUAAAUUGAAGACUAAAAAUAAGGUUAUGAAAUUGAUUUGAGUGGCUUAAAAAUUGUUCUUAUAUGGCUAAAAUUAAAAUGACCACAAGUAUAGCCUUAAUGGCUAUAAAAAAGUCUUGGGUUUCAUAAACAAGUUGAACCUGUUGUAAUGUAUGGUAUCAUUGUUUUUUUUUUUUUUUUUUUUUUAAUAAUUGAUAUUAUUGAAUGUAAAUUACUAUAAUUUUGUCUAUCAUAUUGUAUUUCAAAAUUAAAAUCUAAUCUCUGUUUAUAUUAAGUGAACUAAUUCCACUUUUCACAUCAUUUCAUUUUUUGCCAUGGAUAAAUUAAUUAAAAAUCAUAAAGAAUCAUAAGUACUUUACAGGAUACAUUUAUGUGAUUUUUUUAGCUUUAUAUAUUUUUAAUGUCCUAUGUAGACAUAAUUAACAUUUUAAUAUAUAUCAAGUUGCUAUUGCUGUGCUCCACUAUUUGAUGAAAUGUUAAUAAUUUCAAUUUAUAAUUUAAGGUUAUAGAUUGUGAAUUCAGUGUUUUUUUUAGUUGUUUAAUAAGUUCACUGUUGAAUAAAAUAUCAUGUGUGUACCUGUAUAUGUUAUAAUGUAAUGCAUCAAGUAUUUGUUUUUUCUGUGUUUUUUAUAUGUGUAACCUGUUUCUUCAAUUCACUUAAGGAGUAAAAACCAUGCACAAUGACAAAUGUGACAAUAUUGGCCAAAAAUAAAAUGGUUUAAUUGUC